UCUCAACGGUCAUGAUUCAGUCUCUUUCAUCUCAACGAUCAUAAUUCACUCUCUUUCCUUUCUCAUUUCUCCCUCUCUAUCACAUUUCUCUCUUCCCUCCAAUUCCGAACCCAUUUCCCGCAUGUUUUGUUCUAGAUCUGCUGAGCGGCGGCCGGACUGUGACGACUGAUGGCGGCUCUGCCAUCCUCUUCCGCUCUACCGGAUUCUUGUUCCUCCAGGCACCACACUUACAGUAGGAAGCAGAAAUCCCUUGGUCUUUUAUGCUCAAAUUUUUUGAGCUUGUAUGACCACGAUGGAGUCCAUUCGAUUGGGCUUGACGAUGCCGCAUCGCGAUUAGGUGUGGAAAGGCGGCGGAUCUACGAUAUUGUGAAUGUCUUGGAAAGCGUCGGGGUUCUCUCGAGAAAGGCGAAGAAUCAGUACAGCUGGAAUGGGUUUGGGGCAAUCCCUAAGGCCUUACAGGAUCUUAAAGAAGAGGGCUUGAAGGAAAAUUGUACUGCAUCUGAUGGUAACGAUUAUGCAAAAGUCUCGGAUGAUGAAGACGAUGAUGAAAGAUUUUCCAAUCCGACUGGAAGCCAGAACUCAACUGCAGCCGUGCCGAAAUCAUCUUCAUCAUCGCUGAAAGCCGUAUAUGCAGACAAUAGAAGGGAAAAGUCAUUGGCUCUCCUGACGCAAAAUUUUGUUAAGCUAUUUAUUUGCAGUCAUGUGAAUAUGAUUUCCCUUGAUGAAGCAGCAAAACUCUUAUUAGGAGAUGGUCACAAUUCAUCAAUAAUGAGAACAAAGGUAAGGAGGCUAUAUGACAUUGCGAAUGUGCUGUCUUCUAUGAAUCUAAUUGAAAAGACCCAUACAGCUGACACAAGAAAGCCUGCGUUUAGGUGGUUGGGGGUGAGGGGUAAGGUCAAGAGUGAGCAUACCGUUCUUCCAGAGGCCAGAAAAAGGGCAUUUGGAACUGACGUAACAAAUGUCAGUUAUAAGAAGACUAAGGCCGAAAGUUCUGCCUAUCAGGGUUUAAAUCAUUGUCUCAAUGUGCAAAAGCUAGUGCAGUGCGAGAAUUCUUCGCAAGAGGAUAGCCAGAACAGUCAGGAUCAGGAAUGUGAACGAACUUCCAAGAGCUAUCAGUUUGGACCGUUUUCUCCAGUAACAGUAGCUAAGGUUAGUGUCUCAGAUAAUAACAAUGUGAAGCGGAGUCAUGACUGGGAAAGCCUUUCCUCAACAUUCCGCCCUCAGUAUCACAACCAAGCCUUAAAAGAACUUUUCUCCCAUUACGUGGAAGCAUGGAAAUCAUGGUAUUCUGAAGCAGUGAAGAAACCUAUACAAAUAUCUUGAUGCGCUUUGUUUCGUGCUAGAAAUAUUUAAUAAGCUUACCUUGAUUGAGCACUGUUUCUACUGCAAUUAGUCAGGAAAAAAAAAAAAAAAAAAAGGUUUGACCUUGGUUGCAUUUCCUUAGUGCACCAACGUAGGAAGGGGUCAUCUUUGAAGUGCCAAACAUUUCCAAUAGCUUCUUGUCUGUUUGUAUUUAUCCUGAAAACAAGCCUAACAUAGUUGUUAGUUAUUAUUAUUUUAUUGUAGCUAUGUCCUUUCCCCUACAGUGUUCAAUGAAAUGGGCACUUUGGCCUUCGUUGAAAAGUGGUUUCCCAUUGGAACUAAAAUGUAUACAUAUUGGAGUUUUGGUCUGGAAUUCUUAUUUUCUUGCUUGUCUGUCGACAUCA